AUGCAAGAAAUUAACCGCCAAUUGUGUGACAUUGAGAGCGAAGCUGGUAUCGCGCACCACCUGCCCGCGGCGCCCCUGUCCAUCGCUAUUUCCGCCAUAGCGCACGUCCCCUGCGCCGGCACAGCUCGUGCCGCGACCGUUACGCACGCGCCCCUGCCCCCGCGACAUCGCACCUGGUCGACGCAGCCGCCCGCCCCAUAA